AUCUGCUUCUCAUGCGUAAGAGUCGGGUUCAGUCCUUAUAUUCGCUUUCAAUUUGUUCAACGAGAAACGGAAAUUGAAUUUUAAUUAGAUGUAAUUGAGCAUACUUGAUAGCAAAAUCAAAUUAAUAUCCAAUCGAUGACCAAGGAAAUUAAAAACACAUCUCUUUGUUCUCGAUGUUAUAAGCGAGAAGAUUUUGUACAUGUUCUAGCAGUGUUGGGUUAGAAGUCAAACUUUAGGUUCUCAAGAUGAAACAAAACAUCGCUUUUGCGGGAUUCGGCCUCUCCUGUCUCAACGCCUUGUUCAGCAUACUUGCUCUUGCACUGAAUGCUUGGAUUGAAUAUAGCGAUGACGACGGCAGAUACCAAUCGUCUGGAUUAUGGAAAUCUUGUACGGGAUACCGGUCAGUCUUUCGGUGUGUUGAAAUACUACCAGUUUUACCAGUUGGUAAGCAUGGACAGAUACUCGCUGUUCGCGCGUUCGUUGCCAUGGGCAUGCUACUGAUGUUGGGGGCUGCGGUAACGGCUGGUGUGCGUGUGUUUCUCAUGAAAGACAAGAGAAUAAUUUACCUGGCUACUGUCGGAUUGUCCAUAGCAGCUGGCUUUUGUCUGCUCGUCGGCUUCGCCACCUACGCUUCCGAAUUUGGAGAAAGCGUCACUCUCGGACGCAGCAAAUAUGCUGCUGGAUUUGCUCUGUGCGUGGUUGCCUGGUUGUUCAGCUGGGUCCAGGCUGGGAUGUUCUUUGUUCACGGACGCAUGCCUGAUUCACCUGCAUAGUUAGCUGCAUGUAUAUAUAAUGCCCAGCAACAGUGUUAAGUUAAGGCAUGCAUGAACAUAUUAUAUGUAUUGUUGAAAGCGCCUUAACACACACGUAGUCUUAUUGAUUUAAUUAAUGUUUGUAUAUUAUGCAAUAUGUAUUUGUGUCAAAAGCUAUAUUUUUCUAUAACGAAUACUGAUAACGAAUACUGUAGUUCAAACUAUAUUUUAUGUUAGCAAAUAACUGUAUGUCGUUUUGUGAGUUAUAUCUAAUUAUAUCUAAUGCACAUAUUUAGGUAUUUAUGCAUUAAUCCAUUGUCAUUUAACUUGUUUAUAUUAGAAGUGUUCAAGGGGCCGUCCAACAGAUUUUGGCAUGUAUUGAAACUUGUCAUUAAAUGCUUUAUAUUGAUAAAUGUAAACAUUUGAACUAAAAAUCUCCAGUAAAAAAACAAGAAUCCAAUUUAAAAAAAGUAACCCUCAACAGAGCUCGAACCACUGACCUAGACCACUCGACCAUCCAUGCCCAUGCUUAGAUCAGAUGUAUUUUUUACGUAUAUAAGCAAUCCUCGUAGUAUCUCAAAAUAAAACGACAACAACAGAACUUUCCAAAUUAUUAAAUCGUUUUGCGUCGCACGACGCUUUACAAUUUUCAGGUUUUCAAAUCAUCAAAAGAUGCAUAUACUAGAUAUUUAAGAGCAUGGUAAAUGGUCAGUAUUACUAUUUCCAAAAAAUAUCAUAACUAAAACGAAAAUGUGCGAAUCUGAAACAACUUUUUUUUUAAAUUUUGUCAAUUUACCAAAACGUGAAAUCUGUUGGACGGCCCCUUUCAUGGACCAAUAGAUGGAUACGAGAUUUGCCAUGAAAAUUAACAAAACCUCUCCAUCUAUAGUUAACAGACGGAUUGAUUUCAAUUCAUUCAUAGCCACAAAUGCUCCACGUAAUCGUUUCAAAAUCACAAAUAAUUUAGUUGAAAUAUAAUUAACAGAUGCGGAAGCCUCACUUUUCCAUAAUAUGAAUUGUUGGUUGAAUUGUUGACAAAAUGCAAUAAAUAAAAAGUGUC